GAAAGAAGAGACAAAAGGAGUAGUAGUGGUGUUUCUUUAUAGUAAUUACAUCAUCAAAGACUACACUUAAGAGAUUUGUAUUGGAAAGAUGGCAGGUGGAGCUUUUGUGGAUGCAGGUGCAGGACGUCAAUAUGAGGGAAAGGUCACAACAUUUGUGAUAAUUACAUGUCUUGUAGCUGCUAUGGGAGGUCUUCUCUUUGGAUACGAUCUUGGUAUUACAGGAGGAGUGACUUCUAUGGAACAAUUUUUGAUUAAGUUCUUCCCUAGUGUGUAUAGACAAAUGAAAGACGAAACAGAAAGCACAAGUCAAUAUUGCAAAUUUGACAAUCAACUUCUUACAUUAUUCACCUCCUCCUUAUACCUUGCAGCACUGAUAGCCUCUUUCUUUGCUUCCAUUACAACCAGAAUGAUUGGACGUAAACCCUCAAUGCUUUUUGGUGGCUUGUUUUUCUUUGUUGGUGCACUCUUGAAUGGGUUUGCCAUCAACAUUGAAAUGCUUAUCAUUGGUCGUAUAUUAUUAGGCUUUGGUGUGGGAUAUUGUAAUCAGUCUGUACCAGUGUAUUUAUCUGAAAUGGCUCCUGCAAAUAUCAGAGGAGCACUCAAUAUUGGGUUUCAAAUGAUGAUUACAAUUGGUAUCCUCAUUGCAAACCUAAUCAACUAUGGUACAUCUAAGCUUAACAAUGGAUGGAGGAUGUCUUUGGGCAUUGGAGCUGUGCCAGCAUUUGUGUUAUGUGUAGGAUCUAUUUUCUUAGUUGAAACACCUAAUUCUUUGAUUGAAAGAGGAAAGCAUGAAAAAGCUAAGGAAAUGUUACGAAAGAUUCGUGGCACUGAGAACAUUGAUCAAGAAUAUCAGGAUCUUGUUGAUGCUAGUGAAGCAGCUAAAAUGGUGGACCAUCCAUGGAAGAACAUUGCACAACCAAAUUAUAGGCCUCAACUCACUUUUUGCACUUUCAUUCCAUUCUUUCAACAAAUCACUGGCAUCAAUGUCAUCAUGUUUUAUGCUCCAGUUCUUUUUAAGAUUUUAGGAUUUGGUGGUGAUGCCUCACUCAUGUCUGCGGUUAUCACAGGAGGUGUUAAUGUUAUUGCCACAGUUGUUUCUAUCAUUACGGUAGACAAGUUUGGAAGAAGAUUAUUAUUUCUUGAAGGCGGCAUGCAAAUGUUUAUUUGUCAAGUUAUUAUUGGAGUCCUAAUUGGUAGAAAAUUUGGGUUUGAUGGUCAAGGAUCAUUUACCAGAGGAGAAGCAGACAUUCUCUUGUUAUUUAUUUGCCUAUAUGUUGCCGCAUUCGCUUGGUCUUGGGGCCCAUUGGGUUGGUUGGUGCCUAGUGAAAUAUGCGCUCUUGAAGUUCGACCAGCAGGUCAAGCUUUGAAUGUCUCAAUAAACAUGUUAUUCACAUUUAUCAUUGCUCAAGUCUUCCUUACCAUGCUUUGUCACUUGAAGUUUGGUCUCUUCUUCAUGUUUGCUGGUUUUGUGGUGAUCAUGACAAUUUUCAUUGCGUUGCUUUUGCCCGAGACAAAGAACAUCCCAAUCGAAGAAAUGAAUAGAGUAUGGAAGGCCCAUUGGUUAUGGACUAAGUUUGUUCCCCAAGAGAUUGUAGCCGGUGGUUCAUCUAAAAAAUCCGUUCCAUGAAUAUGAUUAAUUAGGCAUUGGUUAGGAUAUAUAGCAAGGGAGAUGGGAAUAACAAAAUAAAAUAAAAUCUGGAGAAGGGGUUAAGAUUGAGAAAUAAUAUGUACUCUUUCCAAAUUUGUGUUGGAAAGUUUACAUGUACUUCAAAUUUAACAAAGUUGUGUUUAUUCUUGUUAUUUCAAAUGGAAGAAAAGAAAAAAAAAACUUUUACAUUCUUC